AUGAAAGCAGUCGAUGUGAUAUCUAGCUUUAUUAAUCAAAUGAAAGGCACACUGGUGAAUGAAUUAAUAAGACGACCACUAGGGUACGACGAUAAUGAUAUACAGUGGGUGAUAACAACACUGGGGAAAUUGGAACCUCCAAUAAACGAGCUGAUGAAUAUCGCCGUAAGAAAGGGUGGAAUCAAUCCUGAUCAGUUGAAUAUUGUACAGGGACCCGAAGCCAAGCUAAUGUAUAAUCGCACGUUUACUGGUUCACCAUCUUCAUUUGGCGAAGAACAGAUUGCGCCACUGCCAAAAUUCUACAGGUCUUUAUUAGUGCAUUUAGGAGGUGUAGCUAUCAAUUUGACUAUGGUAGAAAAACUGAAAUAUUUCGAGUCAGAUAAAGUAGUAACUGUUCGUGUUCCUCCAAAAUGGUACGAUGCAUAUAGAAAAUUUACCGGCGACAUACUUACUAAUGCAAUAAACCAAACAACAUUCAGAGAAGCAGUUACAUUUCAGAAUGACAAAAUAAGGAUAAGUCCAGAGUUGUUCCGCAAGUUUUACGAAAAUGCUACAGAGUUUACUAUUGAAAUGGUAGAAAAGACUUUAGCGAAGCAGUCAGCAUUAGGAAUCGGCGUUGUGUUUAUAGCAGGUGAUCAUGUAGACCACGUGUUUGUAAAAACAUUGAAGGAAAGAUAUCCGGCUCAUAGAAUUAUUGUUUCCAAGAAUCCAGAACUUGUUGUUAUGAAAGGAGCAGUUUUAAAUGAGAUCAUGGAAUAG